CAUGCCCAGGACCCGGUCCCGCUGGACCCCCGCCGGACGCCCGGACGCCAGGGUCCCCCCGCUGGCCCAGCGCUGGAGAGCCGCGACCGGGACUUUGGGCGUUUGACCGACACUGCGCGUCCAGAAGCCCAGGCGCCCCAGCCCUCCGGGAGCGCAGCCGUCCCCUCGGAUCGCAGAAGAAAGUGAAAGGACGAGCCGAGCCCGGGCGCGGAGACUCCCCAGCAGCCCACGUCUGCCCCAGCCCAGGCCCCUCCCGGCGCCCCGUGCCCACGACCAUGCCCCGGGGCUCGGAGGCGAGAAGCCAGGCUCGGUGCGCCCCCCGGAGCCUCGCCUCGGGGCCCGGCCAGUGCUGAGAUCCAAGCGCCCAGGAGCGAAAAAGGACCAACACCCACCCCCCAUUCCUGCUGGUGUACACCACCGUACCCCGGAUCCAAAAACGAGAGAAAAACCCACCGCCCCAAGACCCGACCAUGGACUGCACCGUCGGCCUGGCGUGAAGAUUUCCCUCGACCCCAGGAUCCAGGCACCUCCACCUCAGGACAGGAGCCCCCAGGAUCCUGCCACCAUCCCUCCGAGGCCCUCCAGCCCCAGCCAAGCCAAUGCACCCAGAAAAUAAACUGACCAGUCAUGGCAAGACGGGGAAUGGCGGGGCUCAGUCGCAGCACCAGAAUGUGAGCCAAGGGCCCGCUUGUAACCUGGGCUCCAAGGGCGUGGGGGCAGGGAAUCAUGGGGCCAAGGCCAAUCAGAUCUCCCCCAGCAACUCCAGUCUGAAGAACCCCCAGGCAUCUGUUCCUCCCUUUGGCUCACUCAAGGGGAAGGUGAAGAGGGAGAGGAGCGUGUCGGUGGACUCAGGGGAACAGCGGGAAGCUGGGACCCCAUCCCUGGACCCAGAGGCCAAAGAGGUAGCACCAAGGAGUAAGCGUCGCUGUGUGCUGGAGAGGAAGCAGCCAUACAGUGGGGACGAAUGGUGUUCGGGGCCUGACAGCGAUGAUGAGGACAAGCCCAUUGGGACCACCCAUAAUUGUAAUGUAGCAGACCCAGCCAUGGCCACUACACAGCUAGGCCCAGGUCCAGCCCCACCACCACCUCUCAGUGAGAGUAGUGCUCCCGGGCCCCCCCAUGGCCCUCCAGCUGGCCUUCGGCCAGAGGGCCCUAGUGGCCUGGGAGGCCCGGGAAAGCCGGCUGCUCAGUUUGUCUAUGUCUUCACCACCCACCUGGCAAACACGGCAGCUGAGGCAGUGUUGCAAGGCCGAGUUGAUUCCAUUCUGGCCUACCACCAGCAAAAUGUACCCCGUGCCAAACUUGACCAGGCUCCAAAGGUGCCACCAACAUCAGAAGCACUUCCCUUGAGCACAGCCUCAGCAGGCACCCCCCAGUCCCAGCCACCUCCCCUACCACCGCCUCCACCACCCCCUGGCAGUGCCCCCCCAGCUCUGCCUGCCUCCCUGCCUCCAGAGGGGCCACCUGAGGAUACACACAGGGAUCUAACACCCAAUUCUGUGGGUGCCACCAGUAGCAACGCGACAGGGGGAACCCACCCCAACACCCCUACGGCUGCCACUGCCACAAACCCCAUGGCCCCAGGAGGGGACCCUGGUGGUGCCCCCGGAGGUCCCACCUUGUUAGGGGAGGGCACUCCCACAGGCAAUGGGCAGAGAGCCCUGACUGGCUCAGAGGGCCUCUCAAAGGAACAGCUGGAACACCGGGAGCGCUCGUUACAGACGCUGCGUGACAUUGAGCGGCUGUUGCUUCGAAGCGGAGAGACUGAGCCUUUUCUCAAGGGCCCACCAGGGCCUGCAGGUGAGGGGGGGCCUCCAGCACCAGUGCCCCCAGCACCCCAGCAACCCCCAGCACCUCCCCCUGGGGGACUGAAGAAGUAUGAAGAGCCCCUGCAGUCUAUGAUUUCCCAGACCCAGAGCCUAGGAGGCCCUGGGCUGGAGCAUGAGGUUCCAGGUCACCACCCAGGCAGUGACAUGGGGCAGCAGAUGAACAUUAUGAUGCAGCGGCUGAGCCAGGACAGUCUGACACCUGAACAGGUGGCCUGGCGCAAGCUGCAGGAGGAAUAUUAUGAGGAGAAGAGACGGAAAGAGGAGCAGAUUGGCCUCCAUGGGGGACGACCCCUGCAGGAGAUGAUGCUGUCCCAGGGCAUGGGGGGCAUGAUGGUCCGGGGCCCCCCACCUCCUUACCAUAGUAAACCUGGGGACCAGUGGCCUCCAGGCAUGGGGGCCCAGCUUCGGGGACCCAUGGAUGUCCAGGACCCAAUGCAGCUCCGAGGAGGGCACCCAUUCCCUGGACCUCGUUUCCCUGGCAACCAGAUGCAACGGGUAUCCGGGUUUGGAGGUAUGCAAAGCAUGCCUAUGGAUGUGCCGAUGAACGCCAUGCAGAGGCCUGUGAGGCCAGGCAUGGGCUGGACGGAAGACUUGCCCCCGAUGGGGGGGCCAGGCAACUUUGUGCAGGGGGCAGUGCCCUAUCCCGGUGGGCAGAGUGAGGCAGAAAGAUUCAUGACCCCAAGGGCACGUGAGGAGCUGUUGCGGCACCAGUUACUGGAGAAGCGGACGAUGGGGAUGCAGCGCCCUCUGGGCAUGGCGGGCAGCUCCAUGGGACAGAGCAUAGAGAUGGAGCGUAUGAUGCAGGCCCACCGGCAGAUGGAACCGACCAUGUUUCCUGGGCAGAUGGCGGGUGGAGAGGGCCUGGCGGGGGCCCCCAUGAGCAUGGAAUUUGGGGGCAGUCGGGGUCUCCUGAGCCCUCCCAUGGGGCAGUCUGGCCUGAGGGAUGUGGAUGCCCCCAUGGGGCCUGGCAAUUUAAACAUGAACAUGAAUGUCAACAUGAACAUGAACAUGAAUCUCAAUGUGCAGAUGACCCCUCAGCAGCAGAUGCUGAUGUCCCAGAAGAUGCGGGGCCCUGCAGACAUGAUGGGCCCUCAAGGCCUGGCUCCUGAGGAGCUGGCCCGUGUCCGGGCCCAGAAUGGUAGUGGCAUGAUGGGGGCACCCCAGAAGAUGCUUAUGCCCUCCCAGUUCCCCAACCAGGGCCAACAGGGCUUCUCUGGUGGGCAAGGACCCUACCCUGGCAUGCCUCAGGACAUGGGUAGUGCCCCAGACAUGUUCAGCCCUGAUCAGGGCUCAAUGCCAGUGGGCAACCUGGGUACCACGAGGCUCAGUCACAUGCCCCUUCCCCCAGCACCGAACCCUCCACCUCCCGCACCCAUGCACCCAGCCCCAGCUAGGGGGCUAGGCCGACGGCCCUCAGACCUCACCAUCAGUAUUAACCAAAUGGGCUCACCGGGCAUGGGUCACCUGAAAUCACCUACGCUUAGUCAGGUGCACUCACCUUUGGUCACUUCACCUUCUGCCAACCUCAAGUCGCCCCAGACGCCCUCUCAGAUGGUGCCUCUGCCUUCUGCGAACCCCCCAGGACCCCUCAAAUCUCCCCAGGUCCUCAGCUCUUCCCUUAGUGUCCGUUCACCUACCGGCUCACCCAGCCGGCUCAAGUCUCCCUCCAUGGCGGUGCCCUCCCCAGGCUGGGUGCCUUCGCCUAAGACAGCCAUGCCAAGUCCAGGAGUCAACCAGAAUAAGCAGCCACCUCUCAACUUGAACUCUUCCAAUACCAUGAGCAAUCUGGAGCAAGGUGCCCUCCCUCCCAGCGGCCCUCGGAGUAGCUCCUCUGCCCCACCUGCCAAUCCACCCGGAGGCAUCAUGAAUCCCAGCCUGCCUUUUACUUCCUCCCCGGAUCCUACCCCCUCCCAGAACCCUUUGUCGCUGAUGAUGUCUCAGAUGUCCAAAUAUGCCAUGCCCAGCUCCACCCCCCUAUACCACAACGCUAUCAAGACCAUUGCCACCUCGGAUGACGAGCUCCUGCCUGAUAGGCCUAUGCUUCCACCAGGGACCAUGCCAGGGAUCAACACCAACCAGCCUAACCAGUUGCACCUGAACUCGGCAGCUGCUCAGAGCCCCAUAGGCAUGAACCUGCCUGGCCAACAGCCCCUGUCUCAUGAGCCCCCGCCUGCCAUGCUGCCGUCACCCAACCCGAUGGGCUCCAACAUUCCGCUGCACCCCAAUGCGCAGGGGCCUGGUGGCCCCCCCCCGAACUCCAUGAUGAUGCCCCCUGGUGCCCCAGACUCCCUGAACCCUCCUUGCGGCCCCAUGCCCAACGCAUCCCAAAUGAUGUCCUCUAACCAGCUGGUGUUCCCCCCUCGGCUUCAGCAGCCCCAUGGUGCCAUGCCCCCUGGGGGAGGUGGGGGUGGGGGUCCCGGCAUGCAGCAGCAUUAUCCACCCGGGAUGCCCCUGCCCCCCGAGGACCUGCCUAGUCAACCGUCGGGCCCCAUGCCACCCCAGCAGCAUCUGAUGGGAAAGGGGCUGGCAGGGCGAAUGGGCGAGCCGUACCCUCCAGGAGUACUGCCAGGUGUGGCAUCAGUGCUGAAUGACCCUGAGCUGAGUGAGGUGAUCCGACCCACCCCAACAGGCAUUCCUGAAUUCGACCUGUCCCGGAUUAUUCCCUCGGAGAAACCCAGCAGCACCCUGCAAUACUUCCCCAAAAGCGAGAACCAGCCUCCCAAAACUCAGCCCCCCAACCUUCACCUCAUGAACCUUCAGAACAUGAUGGCUGAGCAGACCCCUUCCCGGCCCCCCAACAUCCCAGGUCAGCAGGGUGUCCAGAGGGGUCUCAACAUGUCCAUGUGCCAUCCCGGACAGAUGCCCUUAUUGGGCAGGACAGGUGUGCCCCCACAGCAAGGCAUGAUGCCCCAUGGCCUCCAUCAGGGGGUCAUGUCCCCCCCUCAAGGCCUCAUGGCCCAGCAGAAUUUCAUGCUGAUGAAACAGAGGGGUGUAGGGGGGGAGGUAUACAGUCAACCCCCCCAUAUGCUGUCUCCCCAAGGUUCCCUAAUGGGCCCCCCACCCCAGCAGAACCUUAUGGUGUCCCACCCCCUGCGACAGCGCAGUGUGUCUCUGGACAGCCAGAUGGGCUACCUCCCUGGUCCUGGCAACAUGGCCAACCUACCCUUCUAGCCAGCUUGGGAUAGGGAGGUGGGGCACAUGGGUACAGGAGGUGGGAGGAUCUGGUAUGGAAAUUUUUACAAACUUUUAAAAA